AGGGAUAACUGUGGUUGUGCAUUUUUAUAAUAAUCGUUUAUCAAGGUUUUUUUCCGGUCUCUGACACCUGGAUGCAAAGUAGAAUUUUUUUUUAACCCGGAUAGGUUUUCCAAGAAUCGACAUCUUGCGCUGGUAGACAAUGGAUAUCAAAUUCUGCGGGGCCACAACAACCCAUUAUUUCCAGAAAAUAAUUGCAUCAAGAAUAAAUAGAGUUCUUUUAGAAGAUUUAUCAAAUCUUGCAGUACCACCUGCAAAAUUCGAAAGAUUAAAAGGACACAUUAAAACUGUAGUAACACAAUCAAAGGGUUGGAUGUUCUACGACUUUCCAUUUAAAGUACAGGUCCAUCCCUGCUUUUCGGAAUUACAUGUUGAAUUCAUAGGAAGCACCAGCGAGGGUCUCUCAAUAAGUGAAGUUACAGAAGGCAAUGAAAACGAAGAAUUUGAUCUUACAGCCAUUUUGCAGACGACAAUAGCAACGGAAGCUAAGAAUUCUGACGAAGGUAGAACGUGGUUGGAAAUGCAGCACUGCACCGGAAACCCCGGGUUCGUUUUGUUAAAAGUCCACAUGAAAGACAACAGUGAACAUUGGUGUGGAUUAAGUAACAUCGUUUCCAACCAAGAUGGCUCUAUUAACGAGUUCUUCCUGUCACCAGUUGCCUUCACUGAUGAGUUCUUUUUGAUGCUUUGUUUGCGAUGUAGUGUGGAGAAUCUUCAUUAUACAGCUUACUGCAAAGACGUGGAUAAACUCUUUGACAACGAAUUGGACGAAGAAGAUGAUUUCGACAAGGAUGAUGCCCUUCACGAAUUUUUCAUCGUUACACAAGAGGGACCCGCUGUGAAGACAACCGUGCUUUUUGCAGACAAAGAGAUGUCCAUACAGUAUGAUUGUUCUUUGGCUGUACAGUGCUCUGAAUGGCCUUCUAUAGCAGACGAGUUUCUACACAGAAAUCGUCUGUCCGGUUUCCCGUCGUUAGAGUUUGUGAAACAGUUAACAACAAUGGGCUGCCUGCUUGUUCCAAAAUAUCCACAAGACUCGAAGACCCAACUGGAAUGGAGGCUGUCAUUUUGUCUUGUCGAACGCGAACUGAUGCUUAAUUUAACGGAAGCUCAAAGAAAAUGUUACCUGUUAUUUAAGGCAAUCUGGAGACAGUUUUUCUGUCCUCCAAUAGGUAAAGCUCUGCAGUCGUAUCAUCUUAAAAACGUGUUUCUUUGGGAAUGCGAGAAUGUGCCACUACAGGAAUGGACAGACGAGAAAAUAGUAGCAAGAGUUACAGGUCUUUUGCAAAGAUUACAGUAUAACCUUUUCACAAGGAACUGUCCCCAUUAUAUUCUACCUCAGAACAACUUAUUUAGGGACAUUGAUCAAUCGUUACUUUUCUACGCUGGCAUGCGGGUUCAGACGGCCAUUUUCAGAUCCGAGGUGGUGUGGAUAGAGAACGAUGUAUUGCUGUUCCUACCACCACAUAAAAGUCGGACAUCUCUCGGAAGAAAGCUCCGGAAAACUUGUAUCAUGGCGUUAAAGUACGUGAUCGAGGCUAUGGUUUCAGGUUGUGUGAAAAAGCAAAACGAAAACGAGGAGUCGACAAAAUAUGGGCUUAGCGCGGAGGCAAUGAAUUCUUUGAGGUCGGAGCUCGAACAAUCCUUCAACAAAGAUAUGACAGAAAUUAUAUUGCAGUAUAUAAAUGCUUCAUUGAAGCAUCGGCCGGAUAAUAUAACAAGGCAUUACAUCUGCAGCAGGGCAGACCCCAAACAACUUCUGAUUGCCUCGAAGACUCAACUUCUGGACGGUCUAGCUUCUUUGGCGAACACUGUGAUGAACUGGGGAAACAUGGUGGAAAUCAUAACCAACCUUGAAGUGCUGGAAACGGAAAACCUGAAGGAGUAUGGAUAUAACGAGGAAUACAAACUGACGGAAAGACUCAAUCUUCUGUUUCGUAUGGGGAUAGACGAUUUCGGAGAGUUAAGGUCUAGCUGUGGUGAUGAAAAUGCGGAGACGGACUCGGGUGAUGAUACUUUUAGUAUGUAUGAAGAUUUUGUAUGCGAUGAAUGUGAUGAUAGGAUCUGGGGAGAACGAUAUCAUUGUAAAACCUGCCCAGAUUUUGAUCUUUGUAAAUCUUGUUAUUCAACAACAACCCAUCCACACGAGUUUGAGUUUAUAGAGGAAGAAAAUGAUGAUGAUGAUGACGGUGAAAUGGGCUGUAAACAAAGUUGAAAGAAGUAAAUUUGCGUGUUUCAACUUUGAACGAAACGGAAAAAUCAUGACGUGCAGUUAUACGCAGAGACUGACAUGGAAUGAGCCCAUCAAAUUAGUGUGUAAUAUUGAAAUACAUGUAUUUGAGCGCAUCUGUGUAGAUAACUCUGGGAGAGCACGUAACAGGGUGAAAAGAAAACAUGAUAGCCUUUCAUGAUAUUUCCUACAUGUUUAUAUAGCUCCAAUUUUUGUAACGUUGAUAAGAGUUAUCUCACUUUGAUUACUAAUUUUCUAUCAGUAAGCAUGUCAGAUAAUAGUGCAUUAAUUGAUAAGUUGACCGACAGUUCCACAAUCUUGUUUUUCGAUCAUUUGAUGUUAAAUUUAAAAAAAAUCAGUGUUCCAGUAACCUUUGUUUGUUUUUUGGUUUAUUUUUGGUUUUUUUUUUAAUUAAUUGGAAUUCGAAUAAAUUUCACAAAUCAAAAUAUAUAAUCCUGUAAGUUUCUGUUUUAACCAAGCAAUGGUUUAAGCUUAAAUUAUUAAAUGUGAAAUUCAGAUUUGAUAUUUUAAAAAGGACCUAUUAAGAAUAUUUUGGAUGUAUAUCCUAAACAUAUUUUUUUUAAUAGAGUUUGCACAGUAAAUUUCUUUAUAUCAUAAUGAUAAUUCGUUAAUCCUUUCGGUGUUUUUAAUCAAGUUAAGUCAAUCUGCCGAUGUCUAUGUUUAAACCAGUUUUAAUCUA